CUUUGAGCCGGAAGCGCCGGAGUUAACUACGCUGGUGCUUGUGCUUGAGGAUUUUUUGGAGAGUUUGUGCCCCUGAGACAUCUUUGUGCGGCGCGGCGAUGCUGACCCCCGCGUUCGACCUCAGCCAGGAUUCCGACUUUCUGACCAUUGCCAUCCGCCUGCCCUACGCCCGGGUCUCGGAGUUCGACGUCUACUUCGAGGGGGUCGACUUCAAGUUCUAUGCCAAGCCGUACUUUCUCAGGUUAACCCUUCCUGGAAGAAUUGUAGAAAAUGGAAGUGAGCAGGGAUCCUAUGAUGCAGAUAAAGGAAUUUUUACCAUUCGACUGCCUAAAGAAACUCCUGGUCAGCAUUUUGAAGGGCUGAACAUGUUAACUGCUCUUCUGGCACCAAGAAAACCCAGGACAGCUAAACCACUUGUGGAGGAAAUAGGUGCUUUUGAAGUUUCGGAGGAAGUAGUAGAAGAUGACGAUGAAGAGUUUAACUGGGAGAUUGAACAGACUCCCUAUGAGGAGAUGUCUGAAAGUGCUUUGAAUCCGCAGUGCCACUAUGGAUUUGGAAACUUGCGGUCAGGAGUGUUUCAGCGAUUACAGGAUGAACUGAGUGAAGUUAUUGAUAUUAAGAAUCCAGAUUUCACCCCUGCAGCUGAACGAAGGCAGAAACGGCUUGCUGCUGAGCUGGCUAAAUUUGAUCCAGAUCAUUAUCUAGCUGACUUCUUUGAAAGUGAGGCAGUUGAACAGAUUUUGAAGUAUAGCCCUUGGUGGAAUGAUACAUACUCCAAAAUGAUGGCCUUGGAAAAUAGUCCAGAGCAAGAAAAUCAUGCUGCAUUAGUGUCUUUUUCUGAGGAAGAGAAGUAUCAGCUGCGAAAAUUUGUCAAUAAGUCUUACCUGUUGGACAAGAGAGCUCAUCGUCAAGUGUACUACAGUUUAAUUGAUAUCCUUCUGGCCUACUGCUAUGAAAUCCGUGUCACUGAAGGAGAGAGGAAUGUUGAAUCCGCAUGGAAUAUUAGAAAACUGAGUCCAACACUGUGCUGGUUUGAGAAUUGGACUAAUGUUCAUGAAAUCCUGGUGGCUUUUGGAAGAAGGGUUUUGUGCUACCCACUGUAUCGCCAUUUCAAGCUGGUAAUGAAGGCACACAGAGACACUGUGAAGAUACUGCAGCUUGGUAAAAGUGCAAUUUUAAAGUGUCUUCUGGAUAUCCACAAAAUAUUUCAGGAAAAUGACCCAGCUUAUAUUCUAAAUGACCUCUACAUCUCGGAUUACUGUGUGUGGAUUCAGAAAGCCAAGUCUAAAAAAUUGAGCAGUCUUGCCAAAGCCUUAAAAGAAGUCUCUCUCGCCAAGACCCAGCUGGGGUUAGAGCUGGAAGAGCUAGAAGCAGCAGCCCUUCUCGUCCAGGAGGAGGAAACCACUGGAAACACCGCCUGUUCUGUGUCCACACAAACUCGUAGCUCCAGUCUUGAGGCAAGUGACUCAGAGGCAUCGGAAUCGGAAUCAGAAUCGGAAUCGGAAUCGGAAUCAGACAGCACUGCGUCAUCAUCAUCAUCAUCAUCAGGCACUGAAGACUCUGCUUCAGAGCAUGAGUUGCUCAGCGGGAGCCCGUCUGCACCUGUGACUUCUCUGCAAGGCCCCCUUCUCCAAGGGAGCAGCACCCUGCUGGCCAGGGAUGGUGCAGCCCGCGUACAUACCACUGGUCAGACAAAGCCCCAGGCCUUAAUCCAGGCUUCUGGGGCCUGCAGACCUCUGAUAGAGGAGCUUGGGGAGCAGCUGGAGACUGUACUUCAGGUGUCCCAACCUGAGGGCGCCAUUGCUGGGAGCCACAGCAGUGUGCAGGACAGAGAGGGGGCUGCAGAUGCCAAAUGAGUGACUCACACGGUUUUGUUUCAAUUAGAUCAGCUGUGGUUUCAGCUGCUGAAUUAGAACUCAUUUUUCCUCUGUGCUUUUUUCUUUUUUUAUGUAACAUCAUUUUAUAGUUUGUAGUUGUAGUAUGUUUAUACCUUUUGGUUUCCUUGUUAUAACCUGUAAAAUACAGAUCUAAUGUACUUUUUCCAAGUGCAUCUGAUACUUAAGAUGAAAAUAACAGUUCUGCCAGAAUCUGUAGACUGUAGAGAUUAAUAUGACCUCACUAAUAUUUUUAUUUUAGCUUUAUGAAGGUGUUCGUGAUAUAUUGGAGAGUGGUCAUACUUGAAAUGUGUAAUGUGAUAAGUAUUGACAUAUGACUACAGCAAGUGAAACCACCUCCAAAGCCAGGGUAAUGAGCUUUCCCCAUCACCCCCAGGUGUCUUUGUAUCCCUUUGUUAUCCUCCCCCCCCGCCCCACCUGGCCAGACGCCACCCACCUACAUCCCAGGCAACCAUUGAAUGGCUUUCUGUCACUAUAUAGUAGUUUGCAUUUCCUAGAAUCUUAUAUAGAUUGAAUUGGGAAAUCUGUACUCUUUUUUUUAGAUUAGGCUUACUUCACUCUAUAAAUAUUUUGAGAUUGAUGCACAUCAAGGGUUCUUUUGUUUUCCUAGUCAAAUACUAUUUCAGUGAGUAGAUUUACCCAUUCACCUGCUGAUGGGUAUUUGUUAUUUCCAGUUUAGAGCUGUUACAAAUAAAGCUGUUACAGAA